AUGUGUGAGCGCGAGUCUUUUUUGAUCCCCGUGCACGCCUCCAUUGCCACGGCGGCCAGCCUGGUUGGGUUGACCGUUGUACUUCUUAGGGAUCGUCGGGACUCGGAAAACUACCGGUGCCCUUCCGGUACCACGGCGACACUAUCCCUGAGCGAGGUGCUGUACUGGUACUGGUGGUUACUGAGCUCGCCGCGGAUGCUAGCUAUGGUUGUGGCCGGGGCCGUGUCCUGGAGGAACUGUCUGCAAGAGGAGGAGGAGGAGGAACUGUUGGCGAGAGAAGGAGUUGCGGCGAGAGGAGGAGCUAUCAGCGAAAGGAGGAAGUGA